CCUAUCAUUUCGAGAAUGAACGUAAUCACAAAGUCGUUGUUCUCGUCCAAGAUGGACUCGAUCGGCAAAGAGCUCGGAUUCGGUGGCGAUGAUGAUGAGGACAAGUCCAGCGACCGGCCCGAAACCGAGGCCGAGCGCCAAAAGCGCAUCGACGAGGAGAAGGAAGACAUGGCCGCUGCCAAGGCCAAGCGCCAGCAAAAGUCAGACGCCAUCAAGAAGGAGCGUGAGCAAGAGCGUGAUCGCAUUCGCGCCAAGUACAAGCUGAAGGGCCCCGAGCCAAAGGAGGCCCAGCCCGCAGCCCAGACCAAUCCCGGUGCUGCGUCUGCUUCCUCCAGUUCCCAAAGCACCGGCACUGGCGCUGGCGCUGGCGCUGGGAAUCCUAAUAAUGCCAACAAGGAUUGCAUUCUCAUGUAGUCCUCCAUCUGUAUAAUAUAUAAUGCUUCCGUUUUCAA